UUUAAAAUUUGACGUGAGAAAGGCGGUGGUGGUAUCAGCAUGCUGCUGUAGAACUUUCAACCACAUGGUUGUGAUUUGCUCCUAAGCAUUUGUCUUGAGGCUUCACUUUCGAUCUAUCUUUUCCAUGGAUUUUGUUAGUGAUCGGUACCAGAAAAUAGACGGCGGAAACUUUGAAGUGUUUCUGAGUUUCAAAGGGGAAGAUACGCGUGCUUCUUUCACUUCGCAUCUCUACACUGCUCUUCAGAAUGCAGGAAUCUUUGUUUUCAAAGAUGACGAGUCACUUCCACAGGGAAAGCAAAUUUCUCGUUCUUUGCGGCAAGCGAUUGAAGAGUCUCGAAUUUCUAUUGUUGUUUUCUCAAAAAAUUAUGCAGAGUCGUGGUGGUGUUUGAAAGAGUUGGAAAUAAUAAUGGAGUGUCACAAAACAACAGGCAAUGUGGUACUACCAGUGUUUUACGACAUUUAUCCCUCUGAAGUACGUCAUCAAAAAGGUGACUUUGGGGAAGCAUUUCAACGUCUUUUGAGCAAGUUUUCUAAAGAGGAAGAGCAAAAAGUCCUGGAUUGGAAGCAUUGUUGGUGGAAUACUCUUCGUGAGAUUUGUAACAUCUCAGCUGUUGAAAUCCUAUCUCCCAGUAGGAUUGAAAGGGUAGACAAACUCGACAACCAGUGGGAAAAGACACUUCUUGAGGUUGUUCAGAUCUCAAAGAUUUUAGACUUAAAUCCAAGGGGGAAAAUGAAGAUUGCUGAUAGUAUAGAGAUCCUCGUGAGGCAGUCGAAGGAGGGACUUUUUAAAGGAGCUGAAAUCUCAUUUAGAGAAGAGAAGGUUUAUGAUAAGAUGGAUUUCCUCAUGAAGCAAUGGAGGGAGGUAUUUUGUGAGCCUUUUCGCAAUUCAGAGGUUGCACUAGAUCCAUGUUUUCUGGUUCUACACGUGAAGCAUUUUAGGGAGACACUUUUUGAGGCUGCUGACAUCUCAGGGGACCUAGUCUUGAAUUCCUGCGGAGAAAUGGAGAUUACUUAUGCUAUAGAACUCCACAUGAAACAUUGGAGGAACGCAUUUUCUGAGGAAGCUGGUACCAUCUUGGAUUCCAUUUAUAUACGGUACCUCCGGGAUAAAUCUGUAGUGGGGAUGGUUCAUUCUGAGAUACGGAACCUCCGGGAUCAUUGGCGGGAGAAAGUUUGUGAGGCUUAUGAUAGAUCUGGGGAUAACCAACUAUAUUCCAGGAGAAAAAAUGACAUAGAACUCCACUUGGAGAAUUGCACUAAGGCACUUCUUGAGGCUACUGACAUCUCAAAACGUGCAGUCUUUGUAUCAAGUUAUAAAAAGCUGAAGGCUUACAAUCGGAUAGAGAGCCUUGUAAAAUAUUGGAAGAUCGCACUCUGCGAGGCUGUUGAAAUUUCGAGGUUGGUAGUCGAGCACUACAGAGGAAUAACGGAUAAUGAGGUCAAUUACAUUGAGAAGCAUGCUAGGGACGCACUUCGUGAGGCUGCUGGCCUCCCCGGGAAUGUAAUCCUCAAUUUUAGGAAUGAAAGUGAGGCUGUGAAAAAUAUUGUUAAAGAUGUUACACGUUUGUUGGACAAGACAGAGUUGUUUGUUCCCAAUAAUCCUGUCGGAGUAGAAUCUCGAGUGCAGGAAAUGGUUCAAUUGCUAGAACAAAAACAAUCAAACGAUGUUCUACUACUUGGGAUAUGGGGGAUGGGAGGCAUUGGAAAAACAACUAUUGCAAAAGCAAUUUACAAUAAGAUUGGGCGAAAUUUUGAGGGAAGGAGUUUCCUUGCAGAUAUUAGGGAGGUUUGGGGGCAAGAAGCUGGCCACGUUUCUUUACAACAACAACUUCUAUCUGAUGUCUACAAAGAAAACAGAAUAAAGAUACAUAACAUUGAAUCAGGAAAAGUUAUACUAAGAGAAAGACUUCGCCGUAAAAGGAUACUUCUUAUUCUCGAUGAUGUAAAUAAAUUACAGCAAUUAAAUGCUUUGUGUGGAAAUCGUGAAUGGUUUGGUGCAGGGAGUAGAAUAAUCAUCACAACCAGAGACAUACAUUUACUUAGAGGGAAAAGAGUUGAUCAAGUUUUCACAAUGACAGGAAUGAAUGUAGAUGAAUCUAUUGAGCUUUUUAGUUGGCAUGCAUUCAAACAAGCAAGUCCCAAAGAAGAUUUUAUUGAACUUUCAAGAAACGUAGUUGCUUAUGCUGGGGGCUUGCCACUUGCUCUUGAAGUUCUUGGGUCUUAUUUGUUUGAUAUGGAGGUAACAGAAUGGAAGAGUGUAUUGGAAAAACUUAGGAAAAUUCCUAACGAUGAAGUACAGGAGAAGUUAAAAAUAAGCUAUGAUGGUUUAAGUGAUGAUACUGAGAAAGGAAUAUUCCUUGAUAUAGCAUGUUUCUUUAUAGGAAAGGAUCGAAAUGAUGUUAUACAUAUAUUGAAUGGUUGUGGACUUUUCGCAGAAAAUGGAAUACGUGUCUUGGUAGAGCGAAGUCUUGUAACUGUGGAUGAUAAGAACCAACUUGGAAUGCAUGAUUUGCUACGGGACAUGGGAAGGGAAAUUAUUCGUUCAAAAUCUCCAAUGGAGCUCGAGGAGCGUAGCAGGUUAUGGUUUCAUGAGGAUGUGCUUGAUGUGUUAUCAAAAGAAACUGGAACAAAAUUUAUUGAGGGAUUGACUUUGAAGUUACCUAGAAGUAAUACAAAAUCUCUGAGCACUAAAGCAUUUAUGAACAUGAAGAAACUCAGGUUGCUGCAACUUUCUGGUGUAGAACUAGUUGGAGAUUUUGAAUAUCUCUCUAAAGACCUGAGAUGGCUUUGUUGGCAUGGAUUUCCUUUUGCCUCCAUACCGACAAGCUUUUAUCAAGGAAGUCUAGUUUCUAUCGAGUUAGAAAAUAGUAAGAUUACCAUGGUGUGGAAAGCGACUCAGCUGAUGGAGAAGUUGAAAAUUCUUAAUCUUAGCCAUUCUCAUUAUUUAACAAAGACACCAGACUUUUUGAAUUUGCCUAAUCUUGAAAAGCUUAUACUCGUGGAUUGUCCAAGGCUGUCUGAAGUUUCAUAUACCAUUGGUCAUCUCACCAAAGUUCUACUAAUAAACUUUCAAGAUUGUAUUAGCCUUUGUAACCUUCCAAGAAGUAUCUAUAAGUUGAAAUCUCUUAAAACACUCAUUCUUUCGGGUUGUCUAAAGAUUGACAAGUUGGAAGAGGACCUAGAAGAGAUGGAGUCUUUGACAACCCUUUUUGCUGACAAGACUGCUAUAAGAAGGGUGCCCUUUUCAAUAGUCAGAUCUAAAAGUAUUGGAUAUAUUUCAUUAUGUGGUUAUGAAGGAUUUUCACGCGAUGUGUUUCCCUCUAUCAUUUGGUCUUGGAUGUCACCUGUAAAUAGUCUCUCUUCUCGUGUUCAAACAUUGGUGGACAUGUCUUCUCUUGUUUUUUUAGAUGUACAAAAUAGCAGUUCCAAUCAGCUAUCAUACAUAUCUGAGGAACUUCCAAAGCUUCAAAGUCUUUGGAUUGAGUGUGGUUCGGAUCUUCAACUUUCUCGAUAUACAAAGAUUAUUUUGGAUGCUUUAAAUGCGACAAAUUCUGAAGAAUCGGAGUCAUAUGGAACAACAUCACAAAUGCAGAAUGUAUUUACGUUAAUUGAAUGCAGUUCAAGAUCAAAAUUGUUUGAGAAGACACUUUUAAUUCAAAUGGGAGGGAGUUGGGAAAUCACACAUAUUCUAAAACAGAGAAUUUUGCAGAAUAUGACUACGAGUGAUGGCGGUGAUUGUUUGCUACCUGGCGAUAGUUAUCCAGAUUGGUUAAGCUUCAGCAGCGAAGGUUCUUCUGUGACUUUUGAAAUUCCUGAAGUGAAUGGACGUAGCUUGAAGACAAUGAUGUGCCAUAUCCAUUAUUCUUCCCCGGACAGUAUAACAUCAGACGGCCUGAAAAAUUUGUUGGUGAUAAAUCACACAAAGAGCACCAUUCAGCUUUAUAAGAGAAAUGCAUUAGCGGCGUUUGAUGAUGAGGAGUGGCAGAGGGUACUAUCAAACAUUGAUACUGGAAACCAGUUCGUAGUGGUGCGGUGGUGUGGUGGUGUAGUGCGGUGUGGCUGUUCGUGCUGUUCAUGGUGAGGUGGUGUUCGUGGUGUUGUUCGUGCGGUGCUAUUCGUGGUGCAGAUCUUUGUUGGUUACCCUCAGGGGAAGAUGAUAAUCGUUCAGGCUAAAACGAAUGUCUGUAUAACGGAUCUCUGGCCUAUCCGAUGACAGAUUUUGCAAGUCUGUUUCAAGGCCGGCCAAACGGAUAUCGGACAUGUGUGGAAGAUUUCAUUAAAGCUAUAUUUACAUACUCGCCUUUAAGAAAAGCAUGUUUAUGGAGGAUACAAAAUGCGAGCUUUUAAGAUUCAUCUAACUUCGUGUUGAAUCUUUAAAUCACGAAGAACACACUGGAGUUUGAGAUUUAGAGAUGAUCGAACACCUUGGCAAAGGCAUGUUGGAGUUUGAGUGAUAAGUGUGAAAAUGAGUUAUUUUUACACUUAUAAAUGAUCUCAAUUUUAUAAUUAUUCAUGUUAUUACUCAAUGAAAAGUUGUAAUAGGAAGUAGAUUGUUUCAUAAAUUAUUAUUUAGGAAAAGUUGUAUAAAUUGGAAGUUGUCAACCAAUUAUCACAAAGCGGAAGCAAAAAUUCACAGAACCAGGAAAAUUAAUUCGCACAACGCACCAAUACUUGUGCGCUGAGCGAAUUAUAUCAGUUAAAAGGAGGUUUCAAUUUUUAAAUUCGCAUAGCACACCACUGUGCGCUUAGCGAAUUAGAGUAGUUGAGUGCAUGAAUUAAAAUUAAUUCGCACAACGAAUACACUCUUGUGCGCUGAACGAAUUAAAAUAAUUAACUGCUCUUAAAAGAUGUGACAGACAAGAAGAAACCAUCUCCUGACAGGAAAAAUAGAAGAACGCUCUGGACAACUGGAGAAGACCAUCAGGAAACCCUUCAAGACAUCAAGACUUCACUUUCUGCAAGGAAUUGCUGUAAAGAGUACGUUUUAGAUGUCUAGGAGAGGCUAGUUUUUCUGUUCAUUGGAAUUGG